AUAGGAAAAGCUGCAGUUUUUACUCCCUCCAUCCCUAUUCUUUUGCCUAUUGAACCAAAUUUUCUUAGCCAUAGAGCUUCCUUACUCUUCCUUACUUCAGCUUCUUCUUCUUCUUCUUCUUCUUCUCUCUCUCUCUCAAAAUUUCUCUUGUAGCAUGCCUUGCUAGGUAGUCUCUUUCAUGACCAAACCAUUUCUUUUUGAAGAAAUGGCUAAUCAAGGAGGAAAUAGUAUUGUGUUAAGGGACUAUAGGAAAGGGAACUGGACAGUCCAAGAGACAAUGGUGCUUAUAAAGGCCAAAAAAAUGGAUGAUGAGAGAAGAAUGAGGAGAAUAGGGGAAAUCACUACUGCUACUACUAGUACCACUAACAUUGAAGGGGGGAAGAAUAUCAUCAUUAACAAACCAGCAGAGCUAAGGUGGAAAUGGGUAGAAGAUUAUUGUUGGAGAAAUGGGUGUUUGAGGAGCCAAAACCAGUGUAAUGACAAGUGGGAUAACCUCAUGAGAGAUUUCAAGAAAGUUAGGGAUUAUGAAAGGAAAUUAAGAGAAGUAGGAGAUCAAGGGGGGUCUAGUUCUACUACUAGUGCUAAUGACCAUAGUUAUUGGAAGAUUGAUAAGCAUGAGAGGAAAGAGAGGAAUUUGCCUUCGAAUAUGUUGCCGGAGAUUUUUCAGGCGUUGGUGGAGGUGGUGGAGAGGAGAGAGGGGUUAAGAGUGGUGGCGAGUGGUGGUGCUGGUGGUUCUAGUGUGGUGGAAAUUAGAUCUAGCAGUAGUAAUGAUGUGGUGGUCCAACAGCAGCAGCAGCCUCCUUCAAUAUUAUUGCCUCCUUUAUUGCAAUAUCCUAUUUCGGCUCCAUUAGCUGUAUUACCUAUCCCUCCUCCACUACCACUACUGCCACCACCUCCACCGGCUUCAGCUGCACAACCACCACAUGGUAUUCCACAAUCUCAACAGCCAUUGCCAACAGUAGAUGUGUGUGAUAGCUCAGAUUCUGAUACAAGUGAGCAUUCAGAUUCAGCAGCAAAAAGGAGGAGAAAAGGAGGAGAGGGAACAAGUGGUGGAGGCGGUGGCGGUGGUAGUAGUAACAUUUCAAAUGAGGCACUAAUUGGCUCAGCAAUUUCCAAAAGUGCAUCAAUAAUAGCAGAAGCUAUACAAGCUUGUGAGGAGAGAGAAGAGAAAAGGCACAGAGAUCUAAUGAGUUUGCAAGAGAGAAGGCUGCAGAUUGAGGAGUCUAAAGCUGAGAUCACUAGGCAAGGCAUUAAUGGCCUUGUUGAUGCCAUUAACAAGCUUGCCAAUUCCAUCCUUGCUUUGGCAAAUAAUUCACAAAAUAACCAAACCCCUCCUAGUCCUAAUUGAAAACCAACAUUAAUUAAUUAGUACAUAUACAAUUAAGGUGGGAUUUAUUUACAUAUUAUAUACUCCCAUUUGAUGGAGAGAUAUAUGAAUUUAAAUGAUCUUGUUGAUGCCGUUUGAUGGAGAGAUAUAUGAAAUUAAAUGUCCUUGUUGAUGCAUUUGAUGGAGAUAUAUGAAAUUACAUGUCCUUGUUGAUGUCA